AUGAUUUCGGGCGGGCUGGAGGCCGAUGGUUGUUGUGAGAUCAAAAUCUCAUGCGUAGCUGGCCAGGGAUUGUUUGCGACCAAGGAUUUGGUGAAAGGGCAAGUGUUGUUUAAGGAGACUGCAUUCUUCUUGGUGCCUGGUCGGCGUGAUGAUGCCGCGGUAGUAGCCGCAUCCUCGAAGCUGCCUCCCCUGUCUCCCAUCACCGUUCAGCACAAGCACUGCCCCCCAUGCGUCAGACUCGCCCCAACAGAUACGGGAGGCGUCUUGAGCGGCUGCUACGAGGAAACGUACCGCUUUGCGCUUGCCUACCUUUCGUCCACUGCGAGCAUCCGAUCUCGAGUGCAGGAGCUUUCUUCGAGCAUGCGACCUGCUGACACCACCACCACCACCGCUCCCGCCACCACCACCGACAACGACGGCCAUGACGACGAUGUCGAUGACGACGGCGACGACAACAACAAUGCUAUUGUCACGCUUGUUCGACGUGAAGUUGCUUGGUUGAGGAAGUGUGAUCGCGACCUGCGCAGCUUGCCCUCGCGUGAGCUUGUAGGAGCGGUCCACAGGUAUUGGGCGAACUGCAUGGGUCAAGAAGGUUCGCUGUAUGAGCGUGGCUCCCGUUUCAACCACAGCUGUACUGCCAACUGCACUCGCGUUACGCUCGAUGGUGGCGGCGUGGAAAGAGCGUUCAUGACCCUGCGGCCUGUCGCCGCAGGAGAGGAGCUGACCCUUAGCUACCUGCCCUCCGGAAUCGAGGUCAUGGGAACCGUUGUUCGCCGGCGACAUUUGUGGUUAUCACGGGGGUUUCUGUGCAGCUGUGACCGGUGCUCGCGACCGCAUGAUGAAGUUCGGCAAGUGGUGUGCCCCGAGUGCUGCAAAGGUUACAACUCACCACAAGAGCGGCGCUCGAGUAGCGGAGGGAGGGUUGUGGGCAGCUCCAGGUCGGCGGAGGGGCACUCCACUCCUACUUGUCGCGAUGGCGGUCCUUACAAGGGGGGUGGAGCACGACGACGACCUGAAGAAGAAACGGUGUUCGCUGAAUGGUGGAAACAGAGCGAGAUGUGGCCGGAGUUCUUGGACUGGGCCAUGCGAGAACUGAACGCGCUGGAGCAGUGGCUAGGCGCUGCGCUGGGGCCUGUGACGUCGCACCCGCCGGCAUACUAUAUUUUCGACCUCGUUUGCGACUUGCUCGACGCGACGAGAGGCUGCUCCGCACGCGACACCGUUGGGGGACUGCAAUUGUUGCUGGGUAGAGUCGAGGCGUGGGUUUCGGUUUUCGCAGAUGAAGACCAACGUCGAAGGUUCGCGGUCGUGUCGGCCGCAGUUCAUUUGCAGUGUUGA